UCUCCAAAAUCUUCAUCUUUGGGGGCAUCUCCAGGUUCCCUAGUUUUUUUUUCCAAAGUCGUCACCUUUGUUCAUUUCUUCGAUUCUUUUAUCGGUUUUCGUUAGAGAUUAUUGUUGAAUUUUGGUUCUUGGUUGUUGAACAAUCUAUUACUUUUGAUGAUUUUCACUCCAAAGUCGGUUCCUUUUUCUCCCCCCUCAAGUUAGUUAGAUCAUGCAUCAUCGUGUCCUAUCUUCAUUUUUGGUUUAAUGCUCACGCCUUCCCUCUUUUUGCAGGAACCUCGAUUCUACACGCAAGAGUCUCUCCUUUGGUUGUUUGUGUGUUUUAUAAAGGUUGAUACUUUUUAUAUAUUAAUGGGGUCUAAUGAGCCUGAUCCAGAUGCUCUUCGUUGGGGUCUCCUCGAUCUCCAAGUUUGCACGCUCACAAACGCUGGCUCUUGCGGCAGCGUGACGCGUUACGAGGCGGAACCUGUCGCUCAAGGCUACGUUAGAGAAGGCUACAACCAGCCUCUCACUGGUAAUUAUGCAGACAAUGAUGCGGUUAUAGCUCAGUUUUACCAGGACGAGUUGUCUAGAGUUGAACGAGCUGAAGAAGAGUCUCAUCUGAGGCCUAGUCGGAUCUCUGUUGCUUCACAAGAGUGGCCUCAUCACCCUGUUCAAGGGGAAGCUGUUGAUAUUAGUGACAUGGAGGAUAAGAAUGUUGCAAGGACGGCUCGUGAUGAUGAUGAUGAUGACUCGGAUUGUUCUGUGGAGAUAGAGGAAGAGUCUUGGUCUUUGGAUUCUGAGGUUGGGAAGCGAAUGAACCAAAUGAUACCUAUUGCUCAUGUGCCGAAAAUCAACGGGGAGUUACCGUCAGAGGAUGAGCAGGUUUCUGAUCAUGAACGGCUUUUUCAGAGAUUACAGCUUUAUGGCUUAGUGGAGAACAAGAUAGAAGGAGAUGGGAACUGCCAGUUUCGGUCACUGUCAGAUCAGCUAUACCGCUCUUCAGAGCAUCAUAAUUUUGUCAGGGAACAAGUUGUCAAUCAGCUUGCGUAUAACAGAGAGAUGUAUGAAGGUUAUGUUCCAAUGGCUUACACCGACUAUCUUAAAACAAUGAAACGGAAUGGAGAAUGGGGUGAUCACGUUACGCUUCAGGCUGCUGCGGAUUGGUAUGGUGUUAGGAUGUUUGUGAUAACUUCAUUCAAGGAUACAUGUUACAUUGAGAUCUUGCCUCAUUUGCAGAAGUCUAAUCGCCUUAUAUGUUUAAGCUUCUGGGCUGAGGUUCAUUACAAUUCAAUCUAUCCUGAAGGAGAGCUGCCGGUACCAGAGGGAGAGAAGAAGAAGAAAUAUUGGGUUUUCUGAGCUCUGUUUCUUCUGAUGGGGAGCACAAAUUAGUUGAAGUCUGAAAAAUAAUAUUUAACAUGUUUAUUCUUGUUACUAACUAGUUCUAGAGAACAAUAUGCUCUUGUACUUGAACAUAAUCCCGUUGAGGCAUUAACCUUAGACUUAUAGCAUUCUCAUCUGUUUUUGUUUUUAAGAUUUACUUUUAUAGAUGUGGUAAUAAAUAAAU